AUGUCACUGCAGGUUUCCGUUAUAUCACAAGGGCUUUCUCCGCCUUCCUCAAAAGGCACUUCGGAAGACAGCUACCCCGCGAUGUGCCAGUACUGUUAG